GGAAAGAGGAGAGAGCCUUACGGUCAGCGCGUUGUGAGAGAGAGAGCGAGGGUCGUUUUGAAAUGCUGUGAGGCGGGUUUUCAUUCUUUCGGACACAAAUAUUGCGAUAACAACAAAAAGAAAAUCAUUUCCAAAAUCACCUUGAAAGCGCAAUGGCACGAGGAGAGGGCGCCGAGCAGUACGCAGCCACUUUACUAGUCAAACCUAUAAAUACAGAAGUCAAGACGGCAAAGCCACAGGACUUGAGAAAUCGUCUGUCUGUGUGGAACAAGCUGUGCUAUGCCAUUGGCGGGGCUCCCUACCAGAUCACAGGCAGUGCUCUGGGCUUCUUCCUCCAGAUCUACCUGCUAGAUGUUGCUCAGCUGGAUCCCUCCCACGCGUCCAUCAUCUUGUUUGUGGGCCGAGCCUGGGACGCUAUCACAGACCCCACAGUGGGUUUCCUAGUGAGCAGAAGUAGAUGGACCGGCAUCGGCCGCAUGAUGCCCUGGAUCCUUUUCUCUACUCCGUUUGCAGUGCUGACUUACUUCCUGAUCUGGUAUGUGCCUCCUUUUGAGCAAGGGAAGGUUAUCUGGUACCUGGUCUUUUACUGCCUCUUCCAGUCAAUGCAGACGUGCUUCCAUGUGCCAUAUUCAGCCCUCACCAUGUUCAUCACCAAAGACCAGAAAGAGCGGGACUCUGCCACUGCUUAUCGUAUGAUGGUGGAAGUGCUCGGCACAGUUCUGGGCACCGCAAUCCAGGGCCAGAUAGUUGGAGGCUCCUCAAAUUGUCCCAAUGAGUCUGAUACUUCAGGCAGCAGUAACUUCACAGAUAUCCACUUAUCAAAAGCAACACUGGAUGAGACAAAACAAUCUUACCUGAUAGCUUCAGGGGUCAUCUGCAUCAUCUACGUCCUUUGUGCAGCGGUUAUGUUUUUCGGUGUGAAAGAGCAGAAAGAAACCAGGAGGAAAAAAACUGAGCCCCUCAGCUUCAGUCAGGGCCUAUGGAUGGUGAUUAGCUACGGCCCGUACAUCAAACUGGUCAUCGGCUUCCUCUUCACCUCGCUGGCCUUCAUGCUGCUGGAGGGAAACUUUGCCCUUUUCAUCACCUAUGCUCUCGGCCAUCGGAGAGACUACCAGAAUAUUCUCCUGGUCAUCAUGCUAUCAGGGACUCUAACCAUCCCGUGGUGGCAGUGGUUUUUGACCAGGUUUGGUAAGAAGACGGCAAGUUACUGGGGCAUCUCGUGGGCUAUACCCUUCAUGAUCCUCAUCGUUUGCAUCAAGAGCAAUCUGAUCAUCUCCUACCUUGUCUCAGUGGCGGCAGGUGUGAGCGUAGCUGCAGCUUUCCUGCUGCCUUGGUCAAUGCUUCCUGAUGUAGUAGACGACUUCAAGGUUAAAAACCCAGACAUCCAUGGCCAUGAAGCCCUCUUCUACUCUUUCUAUGUGUUCUUCAUUAAGUUUGCCUCAGGAGUAUCUCUGGGUGUAUCUACACUCAGCUUAAAAUUUGCAGGCUAUGUGACCGGGAGCUGCACACAACCUGAGGCGGUCAGUUUAACCCUGAAGGUGCUGGUCUCUCCGGUGCCUGUGGUUCUUAUUAUCCUGGGACUGUUGAUACUUAAAACAUACCCGAUCGAUGAGGAGAGAAGGCAGGGCAACCAAAAACUACUGAAGCAAAUGCUGGACUUGGAAGCGGAUUCAGAGUCUGAAACUUCAGCCCUUGGAAGCAACGUUUAGCAGGGGGCACGAGUCAACUGCCCUAGCUGCUUCGUGUGUUUGCACAGACUGUUGAGGGACAAACCACCACCAAGUAUCUGGACUAACAGAUGAGGGAGCACAGACCAGCACUGCUGCUCCAACACCACCAGCGUAGACUGGAUUCCUGCAUCGGAUCACACAGGUUUACAUUGCCCUCUAGUGGCCUACCAGUGAUAUUACGUGUGUGAUUCAGUAUUUUCUUUUCUCCUUUACCUCAGCUGUGUCCCAAUUUAACUGCAUCUACAAAAACUAAAAAAAGCCAAAAUGAAAGUCAGGCAUCUGUUCUUCUACAUUUAAACAGGUUUUAAAUAAAGCACAGCACUUGGAUCUGUUCUUAUUUUAACCGAAAUGGGUCUAACCACUAGACUAGUCAGUUUAACCUGAUCACUUUCUCAUUCAGAUGAGGAUAAGACAGGUUUGUGUUCAACACCUCGUCCUAAGUGUACGACUAAGACUCAUGGGGGGGUGGUCAUUCUUAUGUUGAAGGAUUUUCAAAGGUGUAUUGUUUACAGAGAUGUUCAUGUAGCCGUCUAGUAUAAUAUUUACUUGACUGGUUGCUAGUGCCUCCUUUAUUGUUUUUGUGCUUUGCAUUGUGGGACACUAGUACUCAUGCAUUACUUGUAGUGUGAAUGCACUAAACUGAACACUUUGCUAGAAUUGGGACACAGAUUGUGAUUUGUGGUAUUGUUUAAGAAGGCCAGUUUAUGAGAUCAGACCUUCACUUGUGCAGACUGCAGUGUGGCGUUACCUCUGAUGUUUACAUGCUGAAAAAUGUCAGCCCUUGAUUAUAUAGGGCACACCAGCACUAAAAUUGAAGCUGCAUAGGGCUGUGCUACAAUUUCUACUCUUCAUUUGGUGUGAUUUUUCCUGAAGAUCAUUUUAUGAAGGAAAUAACUUUGAAGUUAACUUGAAUCUUCCUGAAGGUUGUACAAUGUACUCUAUGUAGGCUGAAUUACACAAACAUAUCGUUUGUAAAUAGUUGCGUCAAGAUUCUCUCAGAUUUUCUGGGUUAUUUUUAUUUUUGCCACAGAGAUGGGUUUCCAAUCACACUUUUGUGUGCUUGAGUAUUUCAGUCACUCUCUAUGAUGUUUAAAGACAUUUCUGAAUGUGCUUUCAGAAUCAAAUUCAGUAUGAGGUCUCUUCACCGAGCACAUUCUCACUUCCCAAGGGAAGAAAAAUGCUUUAUUUAACUAUUUAUUUAAAUAAACUAUUUAAGGGAUGAUAUGUUUCUGAUUAAAGCACAUGUAUAUAAUAAUGCAGUGACGGUGGCUGGUUGUUGAUUAAACAGCCUAAGAAAAGGAGAUAUGAUAAUCUGCUGCGAUGUGGAAAAACCAGCUGCCUUCAUGACUCUCAGAAUCAGCGUGCCAAACAAAGUUGAUUCUGGUGUAAAGUACGCUGGAUACACUUGUCCUCACUUGAAGGUUUGAUCGUAUAUCCUUACGGUUAAGUUAUGAAAAAACAUAAUAUAUUCUUAGGGCUGUUGAAGUUGCACUUACUGGUCUGAAUGAAGCACAUUGCACACGCUCCUGGUGUUUACAUGCUGCUGUGUGUAUAAUAUGUAAAUAUGAUUAUUUUCUAAGUUGGCCCUUCAUAAGCAGUACACUGUAAAAAUCAAUGAAGAGAAACUCAUGUGUUGUACAUUUGUAAUUUUAAGUUUGUAAAUAAAGUUUGUCAAAACAGAUACAA